UAGACUCCUCUGUUCUGCGACAGUUUCUCAGUCUUUGUUUUUCAUGUUCUUCACAGUUUUGAGUAAACCGAUCAGGAACUUUGUAGAAUGACCCUCAGUUUGGAUUUGUCUGAUGUUUUUCCCAUAAUUAGACUGGGUUACAGGUUUUGGGGAAGAAUACCACAGAGGUGAAGUGUGCCUCUCAUCACAUUAGAACUGGGGGUCGUAUCGUAAUUCUGAAUCAUGUCUGAUAACGGAGAACUGGAAGACAAGCCUCCGGCGCCUCCUGUGAGAAUGAGCAGUACCAUUUUUAGCACUGGAGGCAAAGACCCUUUGUCAGCUAAUCACAGUUUGAAACCUUUGCCCUCUGUUCCAGAGGAAAAAAAGCCCAGGAAUAAAAUCAUCUCUAUAUUCUCAGGCACAGAGAAAGGAAGUAGGAAGAAAGAGAAGGAACGGCCAGAAAUUUCUCCUCCAUCUGAUUUUGAGCACACCAUCCAUGUUGGCUUUGAUGCUGUUACUGGAGAAUUCACUGGCAUGCCAGAACAGUGGGCUCGAUUAUUACAGACUUCCAAUAUCACCAAAUUAGAGCAAAAGAAGAAUCCUCAGGCUGUGUUGGAUGUCUUAAAGUUCUAUGACUCCAACACGGUGAAGCAGAAAUAUCUGAGCUUUACCCCUCCAGAGAAAGAUGGCUUCGCUUCUGGAACACCUGCACUAAAUACCAAGGGAUCAGAAACAUCAGCAGUAGUAACAGAGGAAGAUGAUGAUGAUGAAGAGGCUGCUCCUCCUGUUAUUGCCCCAAGACCGGAUCACACAAAAUCAAUUUAUACACGGUCUGUAAUUGACCCUAUUCCUGCACCAGUUGGUGAUUCUAAUGUUGAUGGUGGUGCCAAGUCGUCUGACAAACAGAAAAAGAAGACCAAAAUGACAGAUGAAGAGAUUAUGGAGAAAUUAAGAACUAUUGUGAGCAUAGGCGACCCUAAGAAAAAAUACACAAGAUAUGAAAAAAUUGGGCAAGGGGCUUCUGGUACAGUUUUCACUGCUACUGAUGUGGCAUUGGGACAGGAGGUUGCUAUCAAACAGAUUAAUUUACAGAAACAGCCAAAGAAGGAAUUGAUCAUUAAUGAGAUUCUGGUGAUGAAAGAAUUAAAGAAUCCCAACAUAGUUAACUUCUUGGACAGUUACCUGGUGGGAGAUGAAUUGUUUGUAGUAAUGGAGUACCUUGCUGGGGGAUCACUUACUGAUGUUGUAACAGAAACCUGCAUGGAUGAAGCACAGAUUGCUGCUGUGUGCAGAGAGUGUUUACAGGCAUUGGAGUUUUUGCAUGCUAAUCAAGUGAUCCACAGAGACAUCAAAAGUGACAAUGUGCUUUUGGGGAUGGAAGGAUCAGUUAAACUUACUGACUUUGGUUUCUGUGCCCAGAUCACCCCUGAGCAGAGCAAGCGAAGUACCAUGGUUGGCACGCCAUACUGGAUGGCACCGGAGGUGGUUACACGGAAAGCUUAUGGCCCUAAGGUGGACAUAUGGUCUCUGGGUAUCAUGGCUAUUGAGAUGGUAGAAGGAGAGCCUCCAUACCUCAAUGAAAAUCCCUUGAGGGCCUUGUACCUGAUAGCAACUAACGGAACUCCAGAACUUCAGAACCCAGAGAAACUUUCCUCAAUAUUUCGGGAUUUCUUAAAUCGAUGUUUGGAGAUGGAUGUGGAGAAAAGGGGUUCAGCCAAAGAAUUGUUACAGCAUCCCUUCCUGAAACUGGCCAAACCAUUGUCUAGCUUGACACCGCUGAUCAUGGCAGCUAAAGAAGCAAUGAAGAGUAAUCGUUAACAUCACUGCCAUGGCCUCAUAUUCUCUUUCCAUUUCUAAAAGAAGUCUUUUAAUAUAUGAAAACUAUUACACUUUUGGGGUUUAAGGAAAUGGCCUGCAUAACAUGGAGGAAAAAAGCAAACUGCUACUUCCUGAAGACAACCAAGAAAAAAUUGCAAAACAGAAUGACAACUUUCUAUUGAAUCCCUUCUUUAGGGUCCAAAAGGAAUUGUGGACUGAAUCACUAGCCUUACUUCUUUCAGCAGACAGCCCAUCAGGGCCAUUUAUCAUGCUUGAGAUUUGCAUUUUAUUUGCUGACUUCAUUGUAAUAGCUCCCAUUCAUUGUCCCUUAUGGGGUAUUUUCAGUACUUGAAGAGUAGAUUUGAGUUUUUCAGAGUAUUUGUUUCAUCUGCUAGUCUUCUUUUCUCUGUUUGUAGCCUUCUUUUUCCUUGACUUGCUCCUUUUGAGUUGCUUUGAGAAGUUUUUCUUAGGCCUAAACUUGAGGCAAGUUUGAUAGAAAUUGUAUAGCUCCUUAUAUUGGCAAAGGAGCUUGAUAUGGUUUAACUUUGUGCAGAAGUUAGAGCCAGCUAUUGUACAUGUAAUAUUUCAGUUCAGAAUAUGAACUGGGGGAAGGGAAGAAAACUAUGUGAUUUUUACCGUUUUUAACAAAUGUGAAAGUCAACUUUAGAAAUUUCAUGGUAGUGAAGUGUUUGGCAUUUGUUACAUGUAUAGAGAGAAAACUAAUAAUCUAUAUUUAUAACUAAAUCAUUGAUUGAGGCAGAAAAAGAAUCCCAUUGACUAUAAUCUUUACAGUUUUGUUUCCUUUUUGACUGUUUCGUCUUCUAAUUUGGCUUCAGGAACCAGUGUCGUUUGUUCUUGUUCCAACUUUUGUUAGUGCCGCUACGUGCCCCUUUCCCUUUGUUCCCUUCAUUUUGGAAAUAAGUUUCUGUAUAU